AUGGCGGUGCUGCCACUGUCUCUGCCGUUGAUCGUCUCGGCGAUCACAUUUGACCUUAUAUUUGAUGAACUUAAAGGAUCUCCACUAGCCCUAUUAUCCCCUACAAGGAAUAUAACCCUAUCCGUUGUGGACCAUAAUCUUCUAGCCGAUACGGUAACUAUAGCCCAGGUAGAUGUAGGGGUAAAAUUGUCCUUAUCAGUGAAAUGCCUCUCCGAAACGUCGGUUCAUAUUUCGACAGCGGGAAAGAAUUCGUUACUGUAUUCACCGUCAUUAUGCUCUUCGGCAAAUGGUCAGUUUAUCAUGCUUGGUCCAUGUGUUUACGCACUUCUUAUUUAUGCGUGGUUAUGUUCCAUAUUGGCAACAAUGAGCGUUAAUCCCAUGUUUGGGGCGAUUUGUCCGAAAUAA